CGCAUAGCGCUCUUACAGAGCGACUGCUCGAGGCUGUAGAGGACGGCUACAGAGAGCGACUUAGCUCGAUCGAAAUUGCAUUUAAAAGAGUUCCACUAAAACACACAUCUGACGGUCCAGGGAGGUCUUUUACACUCUCCUUACUCUUCUAUUAUCACCGCGGCCAAUCUGGAAGCGACUUGGAGCUGGCGCAGGGCUUGCGCGGGAGACACAUAAGGCGACGGAGCCCCAGCCCCCAGCCCCGCAGCAACCGCACGCCGCACCACGCUAGCGCGAUGCUAUGUCCACUGCCUCGCCGCCGCAGCAGCAGCAGCUGCUAAGCCAAAACCCGCAGCACGCCUCCACCCCGUCCGUCCACCACCUCAGUCCGGACGAGACGGCUGCUACGGCCAUGGACGUGGAUUCGGAUCCAAAGCAGCAGCAGCAGCCGGACAAGGAGGGUGCUGAUGACGCUGGGGAGGAGGUCGGUGCCGCUGGCGCCGCUGCGGCCACGCCGGCAGGCAAGAAGGCCGGCGACGAGGCCCCUGGCACUGCCAGUAAGGACCGCAAGAAGGGCGGCGGCGGCAGUGGCAGUCGUAAGAAGCAGAAGACGGACGCUGGCGAGGAGGCUGGCGAUGCUGCCGCUGCCGCCACGCCCUCUGCCAAGGGCACGAAGGGCAAGAGUGUUAAGGCAGCGGCGGCGGCGGCGGCUGCAGCUGCAGCUGACAAGAAGGACGCGGACGAUGAAGGCGAGGAUGUGAAGGAGGAGGGCGAGAAGGAGGCGGAAAAGGAGAAGGACACGCAGAAGGAGGAGGGAAGCACUAAGAAGCGCAAGGGCAGCAGCUCGGCUAAGAAGGACAAGGAAGCCAAGGACAAGGAGAAGGACAAGGACGCUGGUGCUUCUACUUCUGCUGCUGCGGAGGUGCCGGCCAAGGAGGCCGCAAAGAACGAGGCCAAGGAAAAGAAGGAGAAAAAGCCCAAGUCCGAAUCCGCCAAGAAGCCCGCCGCCGACAAGUCCAAGGAGGCCGACAAACCGAAGGAGGCCGACAAGGACAAGGACAAGGAGCAGGACAAGGGCAAGGAGAAGGCCGAAGCCGGCGCCGACGCGAACGGCGCGAGCGACGCCAAGAGCCCUGGCGGCGGCAGUGCCAAGAAGCCGCCGGUGGAGCGGCCGCAGUGGACCGAUGCGGCGGCCCUGGAGCGGCUCAAGAAGGCGGUGGCGGAGCUCGGCGGCACCGUGCCCGAUGGCUGGGAGGUGGUUGUCAAGGAGCGUGUGGGCGCGGACACCAAGAGCAAGGGCGGCCGCGACUACUACUACAGGACCGCCGAGGGCCGCAUGCUCCGCUCCAAGGCGGAUGUGUUCCGACUGUUGGGCAUUGAUGAGGCGGCAAAGAAGGCCGCGGGCGAUGCCGGCGGCGCCGCUGGUGCUGCUGCUGGUGCUGGUGCUGCGGGCGGCUCGGCCAAGAAGAGCACCGCCGCCAAGUCCAAGAAGCGGCCCGCCGAAGGCGAGGCCGGCGCCGGCGAGGACGACGCCGGCAAGGAGGCCGGCGAGGCGGAGAAGAAGGCCGAGGGCGGUGCCAAGAAGAAGAAGAAGAGGACGGACAAGGAGGACAAGAACAAGGAGGACAAGGACAAGGAGGCGAAGGACAAGGAGGCGAAGGACAAGGACGGCGGCAAGUCCGCUCCCUCCACGCCCGCCAAGCCCAAGCCCAAGCCGGACAUUAGCCGGCCGGAAGCUGCCAAGAAGGCGGCGGAGCAGGCAGCCAAGCUGGCGCUCAAGCCGCCCUUCAAGACCGACAAAGGCGUGACGGUGCUGGCCCUGGGCUCCAUCCGCGACGCGCCCGGCUACGUGACGGAGACCUGCCUAUGGCCGGUGGGCUACCGCGCCGCCUGGGUUCCGCCGCCGCCGCCGCCGCCGCGCAAGCGGCCGCCCAAGAAGGACAAGGAGGGCGACAAGGAGGGGGGCGAGAAGGAGGAGGGUGGCAAGGAGGACAAGAAGGAGGCGAAGGGCGACGGCAAUAUCGAGAUGGAGGAUACGGAAGCGAAGGAGGGCAAGGACAAGAAGGAGGCCGGCAAGGACAAGAAGGCGGCGGCGGAGCCCGCCGCGCCGCCGCCGCCGCCGCCCCCGCCGCCGCCGUACCGCUACCUCUCCGAGAUCCGCGCUGGCGCCGCCGAGUCCGACCUGCCCGUCUUCGUGGUGCUGCUGGACCGCAACCCCGACGCCCCUGCUGCUGUUUCUGCCUCCGCUUCCGCCGCCAAGGCGGAUGACGCUGAGGAGGAGGAGCAGGAGGGCGACAAGGAGGGCGCCAAGGAGGGCGGCAAGGACACGGCGAAGGACACGCCCGCGGCGGCGCUGCCGGAUCUGGACCUGCCGCUGCAGCUGGCCUCGGGCGCCAGCCCCGAGGCCGUGUGGACGGCCGUUGCGGCGCAGUCGGCCGCCGCCAUCGCCGCCUGCAAGCCGCCGCCCAAGAAGGCCGCCGGCGGCUCGGCUGCCAAGGCCGCCGCCGCCAAGGAGCCGACGCCGCUGCAUCGUGCGCUGGCCGCCCAGCCGCCGGUGCAGGCCACCAAGCACUGGGGCAUCGACCUGUUCGGCCUUGGUGACGUGCACGUGCUGCAGAUGCUGGAGGCGCUGCCCGGCGUCGCGGACGGCUGCGCCGCCUACCAGUACGUGCAGCAGCGCAACACCUGGGUACAGGAGGCGCGCGCCAUCGGCGCGCGGCGCGGCGCGGCGUUCGCGGCGGCCUCCGGCCGCAGCGCUGCCGGUGACAAGGAGGCGGGCGGCAAGAGCGGCAAGGGCAAGCAGACCAGCAUAGAGGCGUUCCUCAAGCCGGGCGAGGGGCCGGGGUCGGCGAAGAAGAGCAAGAAGGCAGCUAAGGAGGGCGACAAGAAGGAGGAGGCCGGCGGCAAGGGCGAGAAGAAGAAGGGCGGCAGCAAGGGUGAGAAGAAGGAGGUCAAGGAGGGCGGCGAGAGCGCGAAAAAGGAGAAGGCGCCGCGGCGCAGCACGGCGGGCGAGGGCGGCAGCGGCAAGGGCGGCCGCCUCACACGUGACGAGUUGGAGGUCCGCGGCGUGCUGGAGCGGCUGGUGGACCGCGUGUCGCUGGUCAUGGCGGAGCCAGACGAGGAGGAGCGAGCCAAGAUGAUCAAGGCCAUGGACAAGAGCGACCGCGCGGCGGCGCGGCGGCGUGAGCGCGACCGCGAGAAGGCGGAGAAGGAGCGCGCCGAGCAGGGGGCGGCGGGCGGCGGCGAGAGCGCCAAGAAGGAGAAGAAGCCCAAGGAGCCCAAGGAGCCCAAGCCCAAGAAGGAGAAGAAGCCCAAGGCGCCCAAGGCCGAGGGCGAGGCGGCCGGCAAGGAGGGCGAGGCGGGGGCCAAGAAGCCGGCCAAGAAAAAGAAGAAGCUGGACAAGGAGGCGGAGGCCGCCGCCGCUGAGGCCACGGCCGCGGAGGAGGCCGCCGAGGCGGCCGCGCCGUCGCUCGCCAAGGACCAGGUGAACGAGCGCGAGCUGCUGAGCGCCGAGUUCCCCGCGCCCGCCGGCGCCCGACUGGAGCUGGCCUUCCCGCCGGCCGUGGCGCUGCAGGCGCAGCUGGCGCCGGGGGCGGCGGCGCUGGUGCUGCCGCAGGCGGGCGCCGGUGCUGCUGAUGCUGGUGGUGUUGCGGGUGGCGGUGUGCUGCGGUGCGAGCAGGUGCAGCAGCUGGUUGGCGUGUACGAGUUCCUGUGGGAGCACCGCUCCCUUCUGGAGCUGGAGGCGCGGCAGGUGCCCAGCCUGGCCGACCUUCUGGUCAUGGUGGCGGCGCCGCCCGCGCGCCUGCCGCCCGCCGCCCGCCGCGCGUCCGAGGAGCUGCACCUGGCGCUGGUCCGGCUGCUGGUGGGCGAGGCGCUGGACGAGCUGUUGCACUUUGUGGAGGAGACCAGCACGCUGCGGGGCCGCGACCUGUCCUCCGCCGCGCCCGCCCUCACCGCCGCCACCUGGCCCGAGGCGGCACGGCGCUACCUGGCCGCCGCCGCCGCCGCGCGCUACCUGUCCACCAGCGAGCCGCGCUCGGCGGCGCUCAAGAGCCUGGGCCUGCCGGGGCAGCUGGCCAACCUGGAGCCGGCGGACUGGCAGCACUACCUGCUGGCGGGUCUCAACUUCCCGCACCUGCUGUCGCGCAUUGCGCUGCUGCCGCACGCAUCCAGCGCCUGGGCCGCCGACGCGCUGCUGGCCGCCGACGACGCCCGCGCGCGCGCCGCGGCGGAGCGGCUGGUGGCGGGCGACACGCAGGGCUUCGGGCUGCAGCAAAUCGACGGCGAGGGCCAGGUCCGCCGCGGCCGCCGCCUGCUCCACGCGCUGCUCACCCUGGACGCCCCGGACGGCGAGGCCGGAGGCGGCAGCGGCGGCGGCGCCGCCGGCGGCCAGCGCUGCGGCGCGCUGGGCUUCUACGCGCCGGAGUUUGCGGAGGCGGUGAAGGCGCCGCGGGGGCUGGACCUGCACAUGGUGGCGGCGCGGCUGGAUGCGGGGCUGUACCAGGCCACGGACGACUGGCUGGGCGGCCUGGUGGCGGACGUGCGGGCGGCGCUGCGGCUGUGGCGGCAGGCGCUGGGGCGGCGAAAGGCGGACAUCCCCGGACACGAGGACGCGGACCCCGGUCUGGCGGACGCGGCGGAGCGCAAGCUGGAUGAGCUGCUGCGGCACAAGGACACCGCGCUGGCGCUGCCGCCGCCGCCCCAGGGGCCGGGGGCGGCGCCGCCGGCGGCCUCCCGACAGCAGUCGGAGGCGCCGCCGGAGGCCGGCGCGGAGGCGGAGGCGGAGGCGGAGGGCGAGGACGCGGAGAUGAAGGACGCGGAGCACGAGGGCAAGGAGGGCGAGGGCAGGGAGGGCGGCAAGGGUGAUAAGAAGAAGGGCGCAGGCAAGGGCCGGAAGGGCAGCGGCGGCGGCGGCCGCUCCCGCGGCGGCAGGCGCGGCGGCGGCCGCAGGAAGGCCGAGGAGGCGGCGGCGGAGGACGAGGCGGAGGAGGAGGAGGAGGAGGACGCCGUGGGACUGAACGAUGCCACACGCAUGUUCAACCCACGCGACGGCUGCAGGGUGUGCUGGCUGGACGGCGACCGCGGCCGGCUGCUGCUGUGCGACGGUUGCGACGGCGAGUACCACUGCUACUGCGUGGAGCCGCCGCUGCUGGAGGUGCCGGAGGGGGCCUGGGUCUGCGCCGCCUGCAGCGCCGCGGGCAGGGGCCCGCAGCAGCAGCAGCAGCGGGGCGGCGGCGGCCGCGCGGCCGGCAAGGCGGACGGCGAUGAGGACGAGGACGAGGAGGAGGCGGACGUGGACGCCGCCGGCACGCCACGCGCCGCCGCCGCCGCCGCCGCCGCCGACAAGGCUGCUACAGCCGCCGCCGCCGCCGCCGCCCGCCUGCCCAGCUCCCCCGCCUUCCAGCACUGCCACAGCCACAGCCACGUAGUCGCGGAGCUGCACGGACGCGGCCGUGGCGGCGGCGGCGCCGGCGGCGGCGCCGUUGGCGCCGGCGGCGCCGCCGGCGCGGUGGUGGUGCCGGCGGUGGCGGCUGCUCAGAAGAAGGCGGCGGCGGCGGCGGGUGGCGGCGGUGAGGGGCCGCUGUGGCUGCCCGCGGACGUGCCGGAGGGGCCGCGCGUGACGCUGCGCGCACACAGCCGUCCCGGACUGCAGGAGAUCGCGGGCCUGCUGCGCCUGGCGCACCUGCUUGGCAACUACGACUACAACACCGGCGCCCCCUGCUGCCCGCCCUCCCCCGCCUCCACCUCCUCCUCCUCCCCCACCUCCCCCUCUUCCCCCUCCUCCUCCUCCCCCUCCGGCGGCGGCUGGGCUCCGGGUCAGCGGCUGGCGCUGCUGGCGGCGCUGUGUGAUCUGGCCAUGGACACCAACGCGCUGCGGCGGCGGCUGGAGGAGGUGGUGGAGGAGCGCAAGCGGGCGCGGGUGGAGGCGCUGGCCAUACGGUCUAAGGCGCGGCAGAUACAGGAGGAGCAGGCGGCGGCCAAGAAGGCGGCGGCUGAGAAGGAGGCCGCAGCCAAGGCCGCGGCGGCGGCGGCCGCCGACAGCAACAAGGAGAACGCCGCCGCCGCCGCUGCUGCGGAGGCCAAGGCCGCCGCAACCACCAAGGGCGGCGCCAAGGGCAAAAAGGGCGCUGCUGCCGGCAAGGCGGCGGGGGCCGCGGCGCCGGCGCCUGCGAAGCCGGAGGAGGCGGCCAAGCCGGCGGCUGGUGGUGGCAAGGCCGGCGCUGCCCCCAAGGGCAAGGCUGCAAAGGAGGCAGCAGCGAAGGAGGCCGCGGCGGCAAAGGAGGCGGCGGCGGCCGCGGCGGCGGCUGCUGCCAAAGAGGCAGAGGAGGCUGCCAAGAAGGCGGCGGCUGAGGCCGCGGCGGCUGCAAAGAAGGGCAAGGGCGGCGCCAAGGGCAAGAAGGGCGCUGCCGCUACUGCCGCCGCCACCGCCGAGCCGGCUAAGGAGCAGGCGGAGGCGGAGGCGGGUGUGGAGGGCGGUGAAGACGAGGCGGGCGGCAAGGAGGGCGCAGGCGGCGGCGGCGGCGGCGGCAGGUCUCGGUCCAGCUGGCGCAAGCCCACGGACCUGUCGGUGCUGCCCGAGCCGGAGCUGCGCCGCCUCAUGGAGCUGGAGGCGCAGGUUGAGGGGCUGGUGGUACGGCAGGAGGCGCUGGGCGAGGACCGCCACGGCUCCAGGUACUGGUGGCUGGGCGCCGACUGCCUGAGUGCGGGUGGGCAGCCCGGUGUCGUGCUGGUGGAGGAGCGGCCGCCGGGCCUGGCCACGCGCGAGGACAUGCGCAGCGAGGAGGCCUUCAAGGCGCGCUGGCUGGCAGCGCAAAGGGAGGAGGAGGCGGACAAGAGGCGCAAGCAGCAGGCGGAGCAGGGCAAGGCCGCCGCCGCAGGCGCAGGAGGCACCGCCGCAGGCGCGGCCGUUGCUGACGCGGCGGCGGCGGCGGCUGCGCCGGAGCAGCAGCCGGAGCCGGAGCUGGACGAGUGGGGGCUGCCGCGGGAGCGGCCGCGGCCCAAGAUCGUGUCCAUCGGCAGCGACGCGGCGGGCGGUGUGUCGUGGGGCCUGUUCGCGGCCGCGGAGCCGCUCAACGCCCUCAUCGGCUGGCUGCACCCCAAGGGCAUGCGCGAGGGCCCCCUGCGCGCCGCCCUGCUGCGGGUGCGCGACCGCAUGGCCUCCGCCGCCGCCGCCGCCACGGCGGAUGCCAAGGACGGCGGCAGCAAGAAGGGCAAGGCCGCCGCCACCGCCGGCGCGGCCGCUGCUGCCGAGGUCAAGGCGGAGCCGGGCGCAGCCGAGGCGCAGAAGGACGGCGCCGCCGCCACCGCCGCCCCCAAGACCGAGGAGGCCGCGGACGUGAAGACCGAGCCCGUCGCGCCACCGCCGCCGCCCGCGCUGCUGCUGCCCGCCGUCACGCUGCCGCCCCGCGGCCGCGGCGGCGGCGGCGCCGCCGCCGCCGCCGCCCGCCAGGGCUCCGUCGCGCCGGAGGCGAUGGAUGUCGACGGCGAUGCCGCCGCCGCCGAGGCCGCCGCCGCCGCCGCCGCCAUCGACGCCGCCGCCGCCGCCGAGGCGGAGGCGCUGCGUGACGAGCUGUUGGCGCUGCACCGGGGCCUGCCCGCUGAGGCCUUCAGCGCGCGCGGCUUCUGGGGCAGCGCCGCGCGGCAGGAGCGCUGGCGGGCGUUUGUGGCGGGUGCGGCCAGCCCGCAGCAGCUCAGUGCGGCCAUGACGGUGUUCGAGGCCAUGCUGGUGGACGAGGCGCUGAAGCCCCACUGGCGGUUGUACGGCAUGCCCGCCCAGCACCCGGGGCUGUGCACCACAUGGGCCGCCGCCUGGUUCCGACUGAGCGCGCUGCAGGGCGCGCUGCGCAAGUCGGUCCUGCCGCAGCGCGAGCCGCACCACCACGCGCAGCAGCAGCAGCAGCCGGAGCCGGAGCCGGCACGCGGCGGCCGGGGCGCAGGCAAGGCCGCGGUGGCAGCAGCCAAGGCCGCCGGCGGCAGCGGCGGCAGCGGCGGCCGCGCCGCCGCGGCCCGUCAGGCGGUGGCGGCGAUCCCGCGCGACCUGCUGUCGGACCGGUACCCCACACGCCGGGGCGCGGCGGGGGCGGCGGGGGCAGGCAGCGCGCCUGUCAACAAGCCCAAGGGCCGCGAGGCGGCGGCGCUGGCGGCCUCGAACUUGCGUGGGGCAGCCGGCGGCCGGCGCGGCCGGAAGCGCGGCCGUGAUGCCGACUCUGAGUCUGAGUCUGAGAGCAGUGAAAGCGAGGAGGAAGAGGACGAGGAGGAGGAGGCCCGCCCGGCGACUCGGGGGGGCCGUGGCCGCGGCGGUGCCGCCGCCGCCGCCGCUGCCAACAAGCGUCAGGCGACGCAGGCGGCGAAGGGCAAGGCCGCGGCGGCGGCGAAGGGCGGCCGCGGCGGCAAGAAGGCUGCGGAGGAGCACGACGACGAGGGCGAUGAGGAGGAGGAAGAGGAGGAGAGCGGCGGCGUUGAGGAGGAGGCUGCGGCUGUUGCUGUGGCCUCUGGCGACGAGGGGGCUAGCAGCAGCGAGGACGAGGAGGAGGAGGAGGAUGCGGAGGACGCAGAGGAGGAGCAGGAGGAGGAGUCUUCAUCCGAGGAGGAGGACGACGAAGAAGAAGAAGAGGAGGAGGAGGAGGAGGGCCCUCGCCGUGGCACGCGCGCCUCAUCUCGGCUGCAGAAGAAGACGGAUCAGGAGGCCCGCCGCACCACCCGCCGCUCCUCCCGCAACCAGCCGGCCGCUGAGGAGGAGGAGGAGCAGGAGGCUGGGUCGGGGUCCGAGAGUGAGGCGGAGUCGGAGGAGGAGGAGGAGGGCGGCUCAGACAAGGAGGAGGGGUCCGGAUCUGAGGAGGAGGAAGAGGAGGAGGACCAGGACGCGAGGGGGCGUGGCGGCAAGGCCAAGGCCGCCAAGAAGGGCCGCGCCAAGGCGGAGGCGUCAGAUGAGGACGAGGAGGAGGAAGAGGAGGAGGAGGAGGAGCAGCAGGAAGAGGAGGAAGAAGAGGAGUCGGGCUCAGAAGAGGAGGGGGAGGAGGAGGAGGUGGAGGAGGUGAAGCCCGCCGCGCGGGGUCGCGCCACGCGCGGCUCCGACGCAGCGGCGGCUGCCGCUGGCCCUGCCGCCGCCGCCGCUGCUGCCGUUGGCGUCAAGGUGGCGGCGGGCUCCCGCACCGCCGCCAUCAUGGCCAACCGCCGCCGCGCCCUGCUGGGCGUCAAGUCCGCAGAGGCGGAUGAAGAGGAGGAUGACGAGGACGAUGGCGGCGACGGCUCGGAUUCGGAGGAGGGCAGCGGCUCGGAGCUUGAGGAGGAGGCGCCGGUGGCGCGCCGGGGCGGCCGGCGCUCGGCCGCGGCAGCUGCACCGGCAGCGGCUCGCGGGCGGCGGGGCGCCGCGGCGGCGGGGGCGGGUGGCGGUGGCGGCGGCCGGAAGCCGCCGCCGGCCCGCGGUGGCCGCCACGCCGACGUGGAUUACGACAUGUCAGAUUUCGAUGACCUCGCGUUGUGAGGGCGUUGCAGCAGCAGCAGGAGGAGCUAAGGCGCGGCGCAUGCACGUGCCGUGCUAGCAGGCGGCGUGAUUGAAGGGGCGCAACCUGCGUCCUGGGGCGGCUAGGAGCAUGGUAGUUAUGGCGGAUGGAUGUAGGUUGCUAUUGUGUGAGGUAGCAUGAUUAGCAGGCCCUUGGGAUACCGGAUAGGUCGCAAGGGGCAGCAGUGGGUAGCUAGCUGGAAGGGACAGGUCCUGAAGUCGGAGGUGAUGCAGUGGGUUGGGAACGGUGCGCCCGCAACCGGGGCCGUCCGCAGGUGUUGCAGGCAAGACAGCUCGGCUAAGGCGCUUGGGCCGUCGCAGGCGGAGCCAGCGCUCUAACAAUUGCAGGCGUGAUUGGUGCGGCUGCGGCGUGUGGGCACAGAGCGUCACGUUGUCCUUGCUGGGGACGCACAGUGAUGGAUGCCCUGGGCGAACUGCGCUCUCGUGAUGGAACAUGGCAAGGGGCAGGAAAGCGUAGUCCCGAUGUGUGUGGCUCCCACCCGUGCCCACAUAAAUGCGUAGCAAGAAGGGACAAGGCAUUGGUGCGUUGUUCGCGCGCUGUUACUGUACCGACGGUAGCUGGCAGGUUGUGUCGAUGUUUUGCUGACGCGCAUUCCUCACGCUCCGGGCGCCCGGCCAAGGCGAUAGCACCACACAGACUCAAUGCGACGCCACACCGCGCGGAUAGCAUAGCCGAUGCGCACCUGCAGGCAGUCGACCGGCGUCCACGGAUGAGCUGUGUAGACGAGCACUAGCGUAAUGCAACGGCGUGCAGCAAAACAAUGGCCGGGCGACAGUGUGACAAACAGGGGCAAGAACAAGGCGAAGCAAAGCAGAAGAGGGGCCCGAAUGUGUACGACAAUUGUGGCGGGCAGGCCGAAUGCGGUGCAACACGCCAACAACACAACCGGAGGUGAGGAAGCGUUGCUGAUGGUGAGGAUAGGUGCUGCGACGUUCGGUAGGGGAGC